AUGGCCCAACCGUGUCCCGGACCAACUGACCUCGGCUUCGGCCCGGCCAUCAGCUCCUGCCACCGCGCCUUCGACUUCACCUUGCUCUUCGAGGACGCCCCGGGAGAAGCCGAUCGCGACGACGCGCACGCCACGGUCACGUACGCGGCACUGGUCGUCGCGUGCUGCGCCUCCAUCGCCGCCUCCCCGCGCCUCCCCGGCACCAGCCUCCCGGCCGCCGCGCUCUCCCUCCUCGCCGCCCUCCUCCUCGCCGCGCUCUCCUCGCUCGAGCACGCUCGCGCGCUCGCGCCCUCCCCGGCGCUCGUCUUCUUCCUCGCCUUGACCGCUCUCCUCGACGUCGCGCGGCUGCGCACCUUCUACCUCCUCGACCGGACCUUCUCGGCCGGCGCGCUGACCGCCGGCCUGGCGCUCCGGCUGCUGCUGCUCGUGCUGGAGUGCCGCGGCAAGCGCACGGCGGCGGCGGCGGCGAGCCCGGAGGAGCUGGCGGACCCGAUCAGCAGGACCAUGUUUGGCUGGAUCAACCCACUGCUGAUCAUGGGUUUCAGGGGGUCCAUCCGGGGCCGGCUGGGGCCGAUUGAUCCCAAGCUCAGCUCCACGAGCCUGACGGAGAGAUUUGCCGCCGUUCCGCACAAGAUCCGGUUCGUAUUGUCACCAGCUGGCCUUUCCAAAGGCGGACUCAGUGCCCUUACCUUGGCGUGUGUCGGCUACGACCUCCUCUACGUCGUCAUCCCUCGGCUCUGCGUCUCCCUCUUCACAUUUCUCCAGCCCUUCCUCCUCGACGCCGUCCUCAGCUGGCUCACCAAAGCAGAACGCGACUCGACGAGCCACGGCUACGGCCUAAUCGGCGCCACCUUUUUCGUCUACUUUGGCAUCGCAGCCUCCUACAGCUGGUACUGGCACCACGUCAACCGGUCCGUCACCAUGAUCCGCGGCGGCCUCGUCGUCCUCCUCUACGACAAGCUGCUUCUCCUUCCCGAGAGCCCGGCCGUCGAGGCGCGCGCCAUGACGCUCAUGUUCAGCGACACCCAGCGCGUCAUGACCGCCAUGAACUACUUCCACGAGCUCUGGGCCGGCGCCAUCGACACCUGCGUGGCCACCUGGCUGCUGUACCGCAAGACCGGCCCCGCGAGCCUCGUCAUGCUGGCCAUCACCAUCGGGUCGUCCAUCGUUUGUGUCAGCCUCUCCAAGAAGAUUAGCCUUCUGCAGCAGAAGUGGCUCGUCGCCGUGGAGCAGAGGCUGGCGCGCACGAAGCGCAUGCUCUCCUCCCUCAAGGCUAUCAAGAUGCUGUCCGCUGGCGAUCGCGUCUCGGCCGCCGUCACCGCGUUGCGCCAGGCAGAGCUCGAUAUCUCCUGGCCGUUCCGACGGAUGAGGAUCCUCACCACCGCCAUCUCGUACUGCAGCAUGACCCUGUCGCCGCCGCUCGUAUUUGGUGUGUACGUCGCCACGUCCCGGGACGAGCACCUGGACGUGUCGAAGCUGUUUACGUCCCUCACCCUGAUCGCCCUGCUCGCGAGUCCCGUGAUGCACCUGUGCCAAGCCAUCCCAGCACUGGGCGCCGCCCACGGCUGCAUGGAGCGAAUCCAGACGUUUCUGGAGCUCGAAGAGCAGCACGACAAGAGAACUACCCUGCCUCCUUCAACGGAUACAGGCGAGAAAGUCGUACUAUCGCUGAGAGCCGUGUCUCUGGGCUGGCUGGCCGGAAAGCCCAUUCUCCACAACAUCAACCUCGACGUCAAGCGGGCGUCGCGCGUUGCCAUCCUCGGCCGCACCGGCGCCGGCAAGUCGCUCCUCCUCAAGGGCCUCCUCGGCGAGGUGGCCGAGAUCUCCGGCGAGGUGGCGCUCGGCCCGGGCGUGUCCCUCGCGUACUGCAGCCAGACGCCGUGGCUGGAGAACGCCUCGGCCGAGGAGAACUGGGCCGGGCGGUGCAGCGAGCCUCGCGGCCAGGGCUUCCUGGAUAGGAUGGCCCGCGAAUUUGCGCUCAAGGACAUCCAGGCGCUGCAGGACUACAAGACGGGGACCAUCGGGAGCCAGGGAGUCAAGCUCAGCGGCGGACAGCGACAGAGACUGGCGCUUGCACGCGCAGCUGCUCUUGAGAGGGACAUUCUCCUCCUCGACGACGUAUUCAGCGCCCUCGAUCGCCGCACGAAGCUGCACGUCGCGCAUGGUCUACUAGGCGCGCACGGCGGCGAGAAUCAACGCACCGUAAUCUUCACUACGCACGAUGAAUACAUUGCCAGCAUGGCAGACGAAAUCUACGAGAUUGGCGACUCCGGUAUUCUUACUCGCCGGCCUAAGACAGAGCGGCCGCCAGAGGAACUCAUAUCAGCCGAUGCUGUCUCGCCUGCAGAGACCAAGGAGGAAGCUCCUACCUCGGGGUCAUCCGAUACUUCCUCUCCCAGUCCGGCCCGCCCCUCGCUCCCGGAACCGUCAGUAAAAGACAGAGACGUGUACAAGACGUACCUGCGCGCCAUGGGCCUCCGCAACGCCGUGCUGUUCCUGCUAUACGGCGCCUUGUUCUCCGUCUCGUUCAAGUUCCCCGACAUCUGGAUCCAGUGGUGGUCCAACGAGACCGCCGGCCCCGGCCCCGGCCGCUCCCCCGGAUACUGGAUCGGCAUAUACGCCGUCCUCGAGUGCAUCCCGCUGCUGACGCUCGCCCUCUGGCUCAGGCACGUCUCGCGCAACACAAUCCCCGCCGUCGGCAUCUCCAUCCACGGCACGCUCCUCGCCACCGUCAUGCGCGCGCCCUUCUCCUACAUCAGCAACGUCGACAGCGGCAGCGUCAUGAACCGCCUCAACCAGGACCUCAUGUUCAUCGACUCCGUCCUCCCCUUCUCCCUCUUCAACACCGUCGAGAGCGUCUACGUCGCCGUCAUCCAGGUCGUCUUCAUCGCCGUCGCCAGCGUCCAGGCCCUCGCCGCCGUGCCCGCCGUCCUCGCCGUCCUCUACGCCGUCCAGAAGUUUUACCUGCGCACCUCCAAGCAGCUCCGGAUCCUCGACCUCGAGGCCAAGGCCGUGCUGCAUAGUCUAGUCUCCGACGUCGCCGCUGGCGCCGGGCCCUCGACGAUCCGCGCGCACGCCUGGCAGGGGCACCUGCGAGCGAGCUUCAUGCGCCACCUGGACGACUCGCAGGAGCCCAUCUACCUGCUGUUCUGCGUGCAGCGCUGGCUGCAGCUCGUGCUCAACCUGGUCGUCACGGGGCUCGUCGUGCUCGUCGCCGGCGUCGCCGUCGCACUGCGCACCAAGGUCAACCCAGGCGCCGUCGGCGUCGCGUUCCUCAACGCCGCCACACUCGGCGAGACGCUGACGCAGCUGGUGCUCUCGUACACGCAGCUCGAGACGUCUCUCGGCGCCAUCGCGCGCACCAAGAUGUUCGCCACCUCCACGCCGAGCGAGCUAGAUGGCGAGGUCAACGGCGACGGAGGAAGGCCCGCGUCACCGUGGUGGCCGUCGGACGGAAGCGUCCGGCUGCAGAACCUUUGGGCUCGGUACCAGCUCCCCGGCACGCCUGAAGAUGCGCCGUGGAGCCUGAGGGGCGUCAGCGUCGAGAUCCCCUCGGGCCAAAAGGUCAGCGUCUGCGGGCGCACCGGCUCUGGCAAGUCGACCUUUCUCCUCGCCCUUCUCCGCAUGGUCGACAUCCCCAUCGGCACCGCCUACAUCGGAGGGCAGGACCACUCGCAGCUCCCGCUUGCCGCGCUGCGACGCGGAUACUUUGUCGUGUCCCAGGACCCGCUCGAGGAGUCCUCCAGUCUGCGCGACCAGAUAGAUCCCGACGGCCAGUUCACCGACGAGCAGAUCAGGGCCGUGGUGGCGGACUGUGGGCUCCAAGACAUCGUCGACGCGAACGGCGGGCUGAGCGCGAGUGCCGCAGGCAUGCAGCUCUCCAACGGCGAGGCGCAGUUCCUCUCCCUCGCCAGGGUCAUCUUGUACGGAUCGGCGAGGCGAGGCGGCAUUCUGCUUCUCGACGAAGCCACGAGCAGCCUCGAUGAAGACGCGCAGAGACGGAUGGAGGCAUUGAUAGAGUCCGAGUUUCCUGACAAGACAGUCAUUUCAGUCUGUCACAAGCUUCCUUGGGCGCUUAGGUCGGAUCGCAUCAUUGUUCUGGAAGACGGGGAGAUUAUACACGACGGGACACCGCAGGAAAUUGUCAAGGAGUCAGCCUUGUUCGCUGGAAUGGCUGUGUCAGACUCUGAGUAA